AUGAAGAGUUUUGUAAUAAUUCCCCUUCUUUUAAUGCAAAGCUCAGCCAGUGCUGUGAUGAGUUUUGGAAGUCAAAAUGCAUCAUCUGAAUUUGUUCUCCGAGGUGAUUACACAGUCGGAGGAUUGUUCAGUCUACAUGCCUCUGGGGCAAGUGUGAUAGAGAGCUGUUCCAGGUGAGAUACAAAUUGGUUAAAUAUUGAUAAUGUAAUGCAAGAACUCAACAUGUAGUGCAAGGACUCAAAGAUUUGUAACUGUGAGGAUUGUGCUUUGCUAACUAUAGUCUUCGUUAUGGGGUGGGUUUAGGGGCUAAAGCCAUAGAUGUUGAUAGUAAACUAGUACUUUUAUCAUUUUAUACUAGGUAGUAGCUAAUUAAAAAGCACUGCAUAUCAUCAUAACAUUCCUUCUGGAGACAUAACUGGAGUAAUGAGUAGUAGGGCUUAGGGGAGAUAGGGAGCAAGACAAAUGGGGGCUUACAGAAAUGUGGAGAGGUACACAAGGGAUUUUAUAUGAGAUAGAGAUAUAAACAAUCGUGGGUGAAGGGAGAAAGAGCAAUAAAAUGACAGUAUUGUAGUGUGAGAUAUAGGACUGUGGGUGUAAAAUGAUGUCAUUGGGAAAUGAUCUUGAAUUCAGCCUUGGGAAAGGAGUUAUUGCAUUAUAACAUGGACUAAAUGCUUAGGAGGUUUUAGAACUUAGCAACAACCCUGUCAACAGACUCCUGACUUAAAUCAUAUCAGUUAUAGUUAUAUUGUGUAGAUUAUAUCACCACACUAUUAACCACAUGUACGUGUAUGUAACCUAUGGAAUGCAUCAUUGUUAGAUCCAUGUGCCCCUUCAAAUCUCUUACAAUGUAUCAUGGAGCCAACCAACUAAAUCCCAAAAAGGAAGCUAAUGUUCAAGUGUAUAGCGUACGUGCUUAUUGUUGUAUGACCAUUAUGAGACUUCUGGGUUGAUUGUCAGCAAAACAUAUACUAUCAAAAUCCAAAAUAAAGUCCAUUAGUGGGGCAAAUGUAAAGAGUCAAAUUAAAAGAGGUAGGUAACUAUUUAUGAAAAGAAAUAAUACAAAAUAAAGAAGUACAGAAGCUAGUAUUAUAGGAAUCAAAAGACAUUUGUCUUUGUAAAUGUUCAUGUUAUAGAUUCUUGACCAAAUAUUGUGUGUUGAUCAAAAGUUGAGUCUUUCUUCGGAACACUCUAGUAGAAAGCAUUAGACAGUAUUUGAGUGAGGUGUCAUGUGACACAAUGAAGUAUUAUUGGUUAUACAAUAGUUGACCCUCUGUGGGCUAAAAUGGUUAUAUACCUCAAUUGUAGCUGUGGGUGGUCUGUCCAGCUGGUAAUCUGAGCAUUGUCAGCUAUCCACAAGAGAAAAGUAAAAAUAGUCAAGUUAGAGGGAAGAUGGAGAAUAGAUCACGUAAGAUGUCCUGGGGGGAUAGAGGUGGGCAAUAAGAAUGCUGGACCAAGAAUAUUCUACAACAAAAAACACUUGCCUACCUAUUCCAUUCCAUGCCAGGGAGAUUACUAAAUCCGAGGAAUAAAGCAGUUGCCAGGGGUUCCAUCAAAGAACAAAUCAUGUACAUCUCAACUCUUUUUGAUAAUUAUAUAAUUGUGAGAUGGAGUAGGGAGGAAAACGUGUCCUAUUUGAAAUGGCAAUUUUUUUUCCUAUACUGCCAGUUAAGUUACCAUAUGUCAAAUAUGCCAAUACAAAUUAAUUUCCAUAUAUUUCUUUGUCUCUCUAGUUUGAAUGCCAAUCCUGCCGGCUACCUUAACCUUCAGGUCAUGAGAUUUGCAGUUGAAGAGAUAAAUAAUAGCAGCAAACUUCUACCGAAUAUAACGCUGGGGUAUGAGAUUUUGGACACUUGCUACAUUUACAACAACAUUCAACCAGCUCUGGCUUUCAUGUCGAAGGAUUAUGUUUUUGAUACAGAGGCCAGUUACACUAACUACAUUCCGAAAGUUAUAUCCGUGAUUGGUCCUGAUAACAGUGAUUCGGCUGAGACCACAGCUGACCUUUUUAACCUUCUGCUGAUACCACAGGCAAGUAAUACGGUUACUUCAGUAGGCAAAACUUCCCUGUUAAAUAGCAAAAUGUAUUUUCAAAAUCUUUUCAAUCUUGCUUUGGUUUCACAUAUAAUAUACAUAUAGUAUUUGUAAGUUAUUGAUGAGGUGCUACUGACACAGUGUAAUUAUGUGGAUAGUGUAUGGAUGUAUCUCAGAGAUUCUCAGCAAUAAAACUCACAGUAAUAUAACGAGUAUGAAUGUAUCACAAAGCUCAACUGUGUAUGGCUCAGUGGGAUGUUUGUAGUGUGUGUAUUUUGUAUGAGAGUUGUGAUUGUGUGGGACGUUUGGCUGAAUGUGAUGCAUAUGAGCGUACUGGUGGUUGGUUGAAUGUGAUGUGUCUGGGCUAAACUGAGUGUGACUGUGUAUGUAUCCUGCGUAUGAGGAGGCUAAGUGUGAUACAUGUGUGUUGCGGAGAAGGAUUACAAUCCCAUGGGACCUUUGCAGGUUUCUAGCAUGCCCCCUCCUCUUUUUUUCACAUAUGGUUAAUGGAGAUGGUUAAUGGAGCCCAAGUAAAUUUGUGGUGCCGGGGCCUCUCUCUAUCCCCUAACCCUUAACUGCCUGUCUAUAGUUGCCUUAUGGUUAAUCCUGCUCUGGUGUAUUGUGAUAGGUGUGGACAGGCUUGUGAUUUCAGCCUUUACACGCAUUUUAUUAUUUAAACUAAUUAUUAAAUAGAUGCAAAAAACAAACACACACAAAAAAAGUGUUUUUGUUGUUGUUUUUUUUAAACAUCCAUCCGGAUUACUUCUUUGCAGGGAGGGGUAUGAUCCCGUAUUUUCUAGUGAGGACAUCAUCCUAGUAUGGUUCUGGGGGUGCUUCUGGUCCUGGAAAGUGACACUGUUCAGGGGAAGACUAAGUGAGAUAUUGUGGGAGAUAGUUGGAGACAUAUACUGUGGAGGGGAUUGAGAGAGGCAAUGGGGGACAUGGAGAGAAACUCAGGAGUGUAGACCAAGAGAGACUAUCACAUGGGUCCAUCUAGAUGACUGCAAUGGGUGUAGUUCUUGUGGUUCUGCUUACUGAUUGUUGUGAUCAGAACACCAGUCCCCUGGUGACCCAGUAGAGGAGAGUGUGAUAUGCACCUCCGGCAGGGGCUGACCAUAGUAAAUUAUCCUUCACAGGUGGCUCUCACUGAAUAUGUCGAAACAUUGCCAUGGUAGCCCGUGGCAGCAUUAUAACAUCUAACCGUGAGGGAGCUUUUUAAGUGAUCUAAACUCACCCGAGGUAUAGAUCACAUCUGCCCCCUUGCUGCCCUAAGAUCAUGGCCUAGGUAGCCUUUUCACAAUCUUUCCUGCCUGCAUUGCUAAUUUUGAAUAAGCAGUGUUUUUGCUGGAAGUGGGAGUCUAGCUGAAAGUUAGGGUUAAUCCUAAUUCUUACAUACAUUACAUGUAUUUCACAAUUAUGUACUGUGUGUGUCAUGUCCUGUGGCCUGUUCCUUUGAUAGCAGUUAGCGAAACAAUGUAAUCUGGGGACUGGACUAGUUCUAUUGGAUAGACAAUUAGAUAUUAUUAUUAUUAUUAUUAUUAGCCCUUAUAUAGUGUAAAGAUUUUGUGCAGUGCUUUCCAGUUAUACAAUGGGGAUUUUGAACAAUAAGUAAUUGCCAGAAAAAAACUAGGGUUGACAGACACAAGAGGUGAAUAAGGCCCUGCUCAAACGAGCUUAAAAUCUAGGAGCUAAGCACACGGAGGGGACCAAUAUCAGGGUGCCAACCGUUGCAAAACAUUUUGUUACAUUACUGGGAAACAACAGGGCCAGAGUACUUCUGGCAUCAAAACCACUUCAGUGGUCUGUAAAGGUUAUGAUGCUUAGCAGUAACCCUUUAAAGACUUAGCAAUUAACAUCAGAAUGCAGUUUUGUUCAAGUACAGCCAAGGUACACAUUGCCAUUGAACAAAGAGAAACAGAAGCGGUGAUAGAUAGGUAUAAAGGUCAGAGUUAGAGCUUGAAAGGGAACACAAAUGGGGGCAUUCAGUUCCAGGAAAGACCUAAAUAGAGCUGUAUUGAUUUAUGAAUUUAAUUAAAUUUUUCAGAUCUCACUAAAACAUAUUUGCUAAAUAUACUGAAUAGGCAAACGUAAUAUUAAAAUACUGGGAUGUGAUGGGGUCUUUUUAAACAUUUACCUAUGUGUAAAAGGUUGAUCUUGGUGGACUCGAGUCUGACAUCAGACAUCAGUUGAGCCACAAACAGGCAUGGCCAUUUCAGUUACCAAGUCUUGUCUUUUCUUCUUCUUUUUUAAAGAUUAAUAUUUUUGCAACAAGCAAACGACUAAGUGACCUCAGUCUGCCUUCCUGUUUCCAGACCGUAGCCAGCAGCAAGACACAACAAGGAGCCAUUAUAGAUAUUCUCACUUUUUUUAAUUGGACCUGGAUCGCUGUUCUGGGAAGUUCCGAUGAAUAUGGUCACCAUGGGAUACAGUCUUUAAUAAAACUUGCAACAGAUGAAGACAUCUGCGUGGCCUACCAGGGGACUAUACCUAUCAAAAUUCCUGGCAAGGAAAAGGAAUGGAACAACAGCAUUUUGCAGAUUGUCCAUAACGUCACAUCGGUUAAUGUCAACGUAAUUGUAGUGUUAUCGGUGGACAUCGUAGUCCUUGAUUUCUUUAGACAGGUGCUCGAUACUAAUCUCCAAGGGAAGGUCUGGAUUGCUACUGAGACCUGGUCUUUGUCUACAGUAAUUUACAAUUUACCAAACAUCCAGAGAUUAGGGGUGGUACUUGGCAUUGCCGCCAAAUAUGUUGAUAUUCCAGGAAUUGAGGAAUAUCUUUCAGAUGCGUACAAUCAAACAAAAGGACAUUCAUUAAAUCCAGAUGUGAAAGAAUGCAACCAGGACUGCCAGACUUGUCUGAAUUCUACAGAGAGCUCUUCCUUCAGCUUCUCAGAAGACAGAGUGAGCUUCAGUAUCUACGCAGCACUUUAUGCUGUGGCACAUGCUCUGCAUAUAGUUCUUGGAUGUAAUGACACAUACUGCAACAAAAUGGAUGUUUAUCCAUGGCAAGUAGGUAUUGAACACUAACACUGAACUACAAAACUGUGUGGUGCUUAAAGUGAACCUGUCAUGAUAUUACAGCCCUGAAAGCAACAGCUGUAUAAUGUCAGAAAAGCUAAAAUAUAUAUUCAAGUAAUUUCAAUUUAACCCCUUAAGGACACAUGACAUGUGUGACAUGUCAUGAUUCCCUUUUAUUCCAGAAGUUUGGUCCUUAAGGGGUUAAACACUCCAAGCACCAUAACCACUACAGUGUGCUGGAAAUGUUAUAGUGCCAGUAGUGCCCUGGUGCCCCUUUCACCAAUGUAAGUAGUCAAACCAUUUUAGAAUGAUUUGACUCAUUACCUGUGGUCCACCAGCUGCAGCCAGACGUUUUCAAAGCCUAGCAGUGCAGGGCUUAACUCAUUGGCUGAGAGUGAUCAACUAAUGACUCCAGUCAACGAGCUGGUGCAUAGCUAUGGAGAAACUCCAAAGUGGGACUUUGAACUCUCCUGGCUGCUGAGAGAAGGUGCAAAAUGGUACCUGGUAAAACCUUGGUAAGAAGUCAAAAAUUCUAAAACAGCCUACUUACAAUGGGGGUUAACUGAGCACUCCUGGUACUAUAUCCACUACAACAUGCUUACUUGGCUCCUCUUCAGUGUGUCAAUUCAACCAUCUCCUCGACUUUGUGGGUGUUACAGCCCUAGUCAUUCCUGCUGCCUGUCCUCCCACUAAUCUAUUUGGUCCCAAGCAAGGCCAUUCUCCUUAAUGACACAGACACCUUCAUUACCAGCUCAUGAUGGUAACAAUGGAUUGACAACUUGAGAUGCACUUAUUGGGGGAGAUCCAGCUUUAGAAGGGUUCUUAUGCUCUUCCCUGUCACUCAACUAUCAGCAUAUUCAUUUAUGCUAUAGAGGUCUACACCAACAAUUGAUUGGCGGGUGCAGGGAGGGACCAACAUGUUAAAUAGCGUUAUCUAAAAAUCUAUAUACUUGUCAGACAAUCUUCCAGACCAAUGGAAAUAAUUUUUUUUUUGUACUUUGUUUUAUGUAAUGUUUUGUGUACAAUGACAUAUACACUGUAAAAGAACUAUAUACUCUAAAAAACAAGAGCAAAUUACAUAACAUUCACAUCAAAAUAUACCUGGUCCCAUUAACAUCCCUUUUAUAUUUUAAUCCAGAUCACAGAUGCUUUUGGACAAGUUAAUUUUUCUCUGCUAGGUAACCUUAUACAUUUUGACCAGUAUGGUGACUCUCCUACUGGAUAUGACAUUGUCAUCUGGAAUUGGUUGGGAAAAACUCAUUUUGAAAAAGUUGGAUCCUACCCUGAACUAGGAAACCUUGUUAUCAAUCCAGACAAAAUCAAGUGGCAAACAGCAAAUAACCAGGUAAAUUCUCAAGAUUGUGAAUAGGUAAAGGAAUGACGUUGUUACAUAUGGACGCGCUACUUCGAUUUCCAAAGUGUUUCUUGCAUCUAAUGGUUCUAUAAUCUGUUUAUUGAUGCUCGGAGAUGAUUUGCAAAAGUAGACAGCCUUUUCAGUGCAGCCUUUUGCACAUCAUCCUGAGUCCUGGUAAGUGACCUGGGAAACUUGUUUACGAUACAGAGCAGGAAGGAAUACUAGAUAGCUCUGCAGGAAUCAAAAGGGAGGCACCUAGAGGCGAACUUGUCUUCAUCCUAUCUGCGAAGUGUCCCAAUUUAUUUUUGCUGUAUUACACUGUGUUUUUGCUCUCUUGCUUUCUAGAUUAACAGCUGUAUCCCUAAAGUUUUUCUAAACAUAAAAUUUUUUUUCUCUCUGUCUCUAUUCUCUUUGUUGGUCUGCCUUUAUGUUUGUCUGUUUGUUUGUCUGACUUACAUGAGUCCCGCAGUAGUCAGUCUGUCUGUCUAUCUGUCUGCCUGUCUGCCUCUCUAUCUAUCUAUCUAUCUAUCUGUCUUAACAGUGAAUUGAAAAAAAUGUUUUGUCUUAUUGUUCUUUUGAAAAAGUAAGUUCAUCUGCAUUGUUAAAUUUCACAUGUGUUAAGUAAUGUUCAUUUUGCCUACAUUUUACUCUAGGUACCUUCAUCAUUGUGUUCUCCUGAAUGUCGAUCAGGGCAGGAGAAAAGGCAAACUGGAAACUACAUUUGCUGCUUUAUCUGUGUCAACUGUUCUGCUGGGCAAUACCUCAAUGAAAAUGGUUUGUAAUGUACCCAAUAUAAUGUUUUUCCCCAGCUUUAACUGCCUACUAUAUGAGUGUUGCCACCACUUUGAGAAACCAGUUCUACUAACAACCAUCGGCUGUAAGAAGGCUGCUGGAACUAUGUACAUUUAUUGUAAAUGGAAAGUGAACUAAAUCGCCACUCAGUACACGUUAAUUACGCCAUAUAGUUAGGCAGGAUUGCCAUAAUAAUGUUUUUCCAAGGUGUCACGUGAAUGCUUGAGAAAGUCUUUGUAUAAAAGGAGACAUUGUGCUAUUUUUGGCACCGAAAACCUGCUUUAUUAUUUUGACCUUUGUAUUGCAAUACAGUAUAAAUAUAUAAAAUUGUUUAUUUUCUUUUAGGUAUUUGUAUAGAGUGCAGCCAACACCAAUGGUCAACAGAGGGAAGUACCUUCUGUUAUGAAAAAACAAGAGUGUUCCUGACAUGGAAUGAUACCUUAACCAUCGCAAUAUUUACCAUGACGAUCCUAGGAAUGUUGCUUACGGUGGUGGUGAUUGUGACUUUUAUUGUCCAUUUAAAGAGCCCAGUGGUUAAAGCUGCUGGAGGUAAAAGGUGUUUUCUUAUGCUUCCUGCCCUGGCAACAGCCUAUCUCAGCAUUUUGGCCUACCUUGGUGAGCCAGACACAAUGAAGUGCAUUUUAAGAUUACCGUUUUACAGCCUUGCCCUCACCAUUUGCUUUUCCUACAUUUCAAUCCGGUCUUUUCAGAUCGUUUGUAUAUUUAAGAUGUCUUCCAAACUACCAGCCACCUACGAUUAUUGGGUGAAACAAAAUGGACAAUAUGUUUUCUUCAUCAUACUUUGCAGUACCCAGGUUCUUAUCUCUUGUGUCUGGGUAAGCGUCAACCCUCCUAUGGAAUCCACCAAGGACUUGACAUCUGAUACGGUUUUAUUGUCUUGCAGCCAGUUUACCUCCACAUACAAUAUCCUCCAGUACAGCUACAAUGCAUUUCUCAGCCUCAUGUGUUUUACGUUUGCUUACAUGUGUAAGGAAGUGCCCAAAAAUUACAAUGAAGCCAAGUGCAUCACAUUUACCAUGCUGAUUUACUUUGUGAUAUGCAUUUUUUUCUUUACUGCCCAACUUAUUGAUGUUGGGGAAUAUGUCAAUCCAAUAAAUGCAGGUCUGGCUCUGGCCAGUCUUCUUGGCAUCACAGGAGGGUAUUUCAUGCCAAAAUGCUAUAUAAUUUUCUUAAGACCCCAGCGUAACACAACCAAGUACUUCCAAUCAACCAUCCAGUCAUACACAAAAAGGGGUACAGGGAGCACAAAGUAG